UCUCUCCUCUCUCCUUCUCUCUUUACAGGAAAACAAUGAUCACGUACCUCAAUUAUUGCAUAGAAACCAUUUCCCCAGACUAUCAACACCCCAUGACGACUCCAUCAAAUAUAAUUACCAAACUCUUCAUCGCACGUCUGUAUUUGUUUCCAUUAUACCAUCGAACCUUACUCAUCUCGAAAACGUCUUCUCUAUAUACAACACGUGGGCGAGCACGGUCACCAACAUGGCUGUUUUCCUUUCUAAUAAUACUAAUAAUUCACAGCUGUAUACCGACCGUAGCUUUGUGACGGAGCUAAGGCCAGAGACCUACUAUCCAAGUUUAAACGAAAUCGUCCACGUCCUUCAUCAUCUUUAUGAGAACUAUGCAAGGAAUUAUGAAUAUUUUCUCAUUAUUUCUGAUAACGCCUACGUUAAUAUGUACUCAUUCGAAGAUGUCAUACACAAGUUAGCUCAAGAAAACGAGGAGCUUAUCUAUGCUGGGUUCUCAAAGAGUUUCGGUCUCCACGAGUUUUGUGGGGCUGAUUCCGGUGUCCUUAUUAGCGUUCAAACGUUGAGUAAAGUCAUUGAGAAUAUUAAUAAUUGUAUUGGCUGGAGCAAGAGAUAUUAUUGGGAUGUUAUGCUUGGGCAGUGCCUUAGGAAAACACUGGGAAUAAAGUGUUUGAAUAUUAGUCGGUAUUUUUUAAACGAUGAUCAGCAUCAAUCUUUAUCCCCAGCCGUCUUAUGGUCUUCUAAUAACUCAAUCUAUUCCUCUGCCUUCUCAGUAUCGCCAGUCACCACUUAUGACCACAUGAACUUGCUCCAUUACUAUUACAACUCCCUACAGAUGAAGAGAUACCUCGCUAAAGCAGAAUCACUUCGUAAGAUAGUGCAUUACACGUGCGAAGAGCUCUCUCAUUUUGCUUUCGAUCAUCAAACCGUCACUAAAGACUGUGAGAAUAUAGCUCGGGAUAUCUCGAAACCUUUGUAUGAGAGAUACCGUAAGAAACAGACUCAGAAAUGGCGCCGUUACGACAUGAUGCCUUCGUGGGAUUAUUUCGACGCCGAGAAUAUAUACGCUGGUCAUAAAACCGAGCCUUCUGUUCAAAUAUCGGACGACAGGGUCGCUUCCACGGACAUUGAGAUGGUGACUUCGGUAGCAGAAACUGUUGUACAAGAGAAAUAUCAACUACCUGAUCUAAAACUCACCGCCGUAAUAAACGGCUACAUGAGACAGAACGUCUUAAAAGGGAGCGAGUACAUACUUGACGCUCAAUUUGGUAACUCUAAAUUAAUUGUUAACGAUCGGGUCAGAUUGUUGCAGCCAUUUUUACCAAACGUAACCGCACAAGUUGAUAAAGAUGAUUUGAGUGAGGUCGUGAAUGUCAUUGUACCGAUAUCUAAUUCAAACGGGAAAUGUAUCAAAUUUAUUCAAACUUAUCUCAAGAAAUCCCUCAAAAACUCGAUACACCUUAUUCUAAUUGUUUACAAGAAGACGGACUUUGAGAAGAUGAGGGAGAAAGUGAAUAAAAUCACGACCAAAUACAAGAGAGCGUCCAUCACUGUCGUGAAAGGCAAAGGACGUUUCUCGCGUGCUAAAGCUCUCCACCAAGGCAUAUCAACCCUCAAACGCUCUGAUCUAGCCUUCUUCUGUGACGUUGACUUAAAUAUAGAGUCCCAUUUCUACGAUCGUUGUCGGAGAAACACAAUACAGGGUUCCCAAGUUUACUUACCUUCCGUCGUCAAGCUUUAUAACCCAAAGCUUUACACCAAAGUUCACCACUCGUCGAAUCUACCACUAAACAGGCAAACGGGACAUUGGGGCAGCUAUAACUACGGAAUGCUCUGUAUUUAUAAAUCCGACUAUCUCUACGUCGGGGGGCUCAAUAUUAGAAUGAGGGGGUGGGGCGGGGAAGAUUUAGACUUUUUACAACGUUUAAAAAGCAAAGGUCUAGUCCUGUUUAGGGCACCUGAUAAAGGUCUCAUUCAUCAUUGGCAUGAAAGGGAUUGCUCUACUAGGAGUGUUCGAAGACAUAUGAAGUCGCACUGUGAAUCAAAUAAAAUUGAAGCUCUAGGCGAUAGAAGAACAUUAGCCAGAUAUAUAUUUAAUUUAACUGAGACUAAACCUUCGUUGUUACUAUGACGUUUAUGAAUCAUUUCGAAUAAUUAUUAUUAUAUCGUUAUAUUAAUUAUUAUUAUUAUUUUAAU